CUCCUCCCAUAACUCACAGGGCUCAGCUCGGAUGUGCGUGACAGGAGCAUCAGGGACAGUGCAGCCUGAGCAGAGAUGCUGAGAAGACACAGACCUGGGCACAGAGACACCUACAGCUUUAUGGGAUCCACGUUCAUGUAGAGGAGACAGCCCACUUGGAGAGCCACAGGAUCUGCCCCGGACAAAGACUUGCAAUCCAUUUGGCUCAUUGAUAAACCAAUGAUGAGAGAUAUGAAGACACCAGAGAGAUAUGUCACAGACCUGGGCUACGGAACCCUGUGAUUCAGUGAGAAAGAACACAGACCAAGGUGCAGGCCAUGCUUAGGAUCUACUGAGUGAUUUCGCUGGCAGGUUAUGCCAUGGCAGAACAAUCAGCCAUUGUCAAUCAAACUGAGAGCACUCUGGUGAUAUCAGAGAACAAUGCAUCAGCCUCAGGCAAUCCAGAUCCAUGGACUGAGCCCACGUUCACUUUGGCCGCCAAGGUUCGAGUGGGAGUCACAUGUUGCUUCUUCUUGAUAGCAUCUUUCAGUAAUGUAGCUGUUCUCUGCAGCAUCAGUGGGAAGAGAUGCAAAUCCCACCUACGUGUUCUCAUUCUCAGUCUUUCGGUGGCUGACUUGCUGGUUACCUUUUUGGUAAUGCCUUUGGAUGCUCUGUGGAAUGUGAUGGUGCAAUGGUAUGCAGGGGAGCUCUCCUGUAAGGUCCUCAACUUUGGAAAGUUGUUUGCUAUGUAUUCAGCUGCCUUAGUUCUGGUAGUGAUCAGCCUUGACAGACACUGGGCUAUCCUCUAUCCUCUCAGCUUCACUAGUGCGGGGCAGCGCAACCGUAUCAUGCUGUGGACUGCUUGGAUUACUAGUCUUCUACUGGCAUCACCUCAGCUGUUUCUCUUUCGAUUACGCACCGCUCCUGGAGUCAACUUCACGCAGUGCGCCACCCACGGGAGCUUCACCCAGCACUGGCAGGAGACAGCUUACAAUAUGUUCACCUUCUGCACGCUGUUUGUCACCCCCCUAGUGGUCAUGAUUGUGUGCUACACACGGAUCCUUUGGGAAAUCGGCAAGCAGAUGAAACACAAGAAUGAACUUGCAAGAAGUAAAAAUGAUCUUAUAUCAAAGGCAAGACUGAAAACCCUCAAGAUGACCUUAGUUAUUGUGGUUUCCUUUAUGGUCUGCUGGACCCCCUAUUACCUAUUAGGGCUAUGGUACUGGUUCCAGCCUGAGAUGAUCAACCAAACUCCUGAAUACCUGAAUCACAGUCUUUUCCUCUUUGGCCUGCUGCAUACCUGCACUGACCCCCUUGUCUAUGGACUUUACACCCCCUCGUUCAAAGAGGACCUGCGAUCAUGGAUCAGAAGAGUGAGCAGUCUACUGUCCAGAAGAGCAAAAAACAGCAAGCAACUAGCAGGCUCUGAGCUGAAUAUCAAAGAUCUUACCUCAAUGGAAGGCCCAAUGUCUACUGCUGUCACCAUGCAAUCAGUCUUCUGAAAGAUAGGACAGUGAAUUUUACCUGAUAACUCAUUUCCAUCUACAUAUCAAGGCACCAUGCCUAUGUAUAUAUACUGGUUGGUUGAUUGAUUAACUUUCUUUAAAGAACAUUAGUGGAAGAGAAGAGUGUUUGAUAAUAGAGUCUCAGUUGAACAGAUUUCCAUCUUGUCAUUAGAAGGUUAUAUACCAACUUCAUUGAUAGAUACCAGAAGGUGUAGACCAACAGCUGUAGGCCCAGGUUGCACAUCUCUGGUUUAUGCACAAAAACAGCUAACAACUGCUACACUUUUGCAACAUUCUUUCCAUUAUGGCUCCUACUAUUGAUGGGGACCAGAGCACAUUCCCUCCAUACUUUUAAACAGGCCCUGCCAGGGGGACACAAUGGGCCUUCCCAAGGUCAAGCUUUACACGAUAACAAAUGAGUUCUAUGCUAGUCAAUGGGUUUUCCUUGCUGAUUAACACUUUUGAUGACAAAGAAAUUGUGUGUCAGUUAAGGUGACUUUUUCGGUUGUUGCUAUAGUGACUGCAUAAACAAAACUGUAUGAAGCACAAACACUGAUCUACACUGCAGAUCUAAACCCUGGAACAUAUAUCUGUGCAAAACACUUGCCGAAGCUAUGGCAGUUCUGGGGUUAAACCACAGACACACAUGUGACUCACCCUUAUAAGCAGGUUUCAGCUUUCACAUCAUUGACCCUCGAUUCAAUAACAUAGCGCUCAUGCAUUUAAUGAGGUUUGGUGUGUAUAUGAGGCCAAGCAGGGACAUUUAAUGAGCUCUGCAGACACUGCUCACAUGUAAGUCAAUGUAUAAUCACACUGGCAUUUAUUAACCUAGACAAGAACAUCUACUUGACAUGUUGCUCAGGCACAGAUAGUUCUGGAAUGGUCCAUAUGGCGAAACUUUUCAUCUACAGCUCACUGUAACACACUCAGUCCACAUCUGAUGAGCACAUUUUCUGAAAGCAAAAACAAUAAUUAAACAAGAAAGUAAAUCCUUUAGGCAAUUAAGUAAGUAUGCUUGUCCAACACACUUGUGCCAUGCAGCCAUGUAGUCAUGUAGUAUAAGGUGUGAGAAGUAUAUUUGGGGUCCUAGAAAUGAACAUAUAUCUUCACUGUUAUUGCUAGGAUUGAAUAAGGCAAAAGUGCCAAAGUGUCAAACCAAGUGUGAGCUCUAUACUCCAAACCUUCCUGUUGUCAGGACUGCAAAGCUGACAGCCCUAUUCUAAAACCAUUACAGGUUAAGCAAGAGAAUCUUGAGUCUUGAGUUGAGUGGGUGCGUGAGUCAACCUUCAGUUAUGGGCCAACAAUGGCAACAAAGAACAAAAAUGCAUCCUGUUUGACUUGCAGUCCAUUCUCAUAAAUAUUCCGUACCAGGUGGUUUAGUAUUAAAUUACUAUCCUGUAACAAAGCAAUGCACAUUUACAAGAUAUGAACGUGCUGCAGGAAGCACCCUCUGCAAUGCAGCCAAUAACCCCCAAAGCAGCUGCUGCCCUCCUGUGUGACCGCGUGGCGGAUUGAAAUGAAAGGAAAAGCAUCUUGACAUCCAUAAGAGUGGGACAGAUUCUUUACUAGUAACACUGUGAUGCUUGGAAAGCUGUAUAUUUCUCUGUGCUUGCUUACUGUAUAUGGCAUCUCUGAAUGGUAGAUUUAUGGUAAUUAUUAAAUGUAAUAAUUAUCAAAUUAGAAAAGAGAUUUCAGAAAACAUCUAUUGUGUAGGCGGUAGCUACAGUAUUUACAGUAACAUUACAAUAAGAGCACAUACAAAGGGCCCAGCAUAGUACAGGAGGAAUCCAUCCCAUGUUGUCUACCAUGUAGCACUUAUCAAGAUGAGUGGAUCUUUCUCCCGAUAUUCCCACCUCAGAUCAUUUGGCUCUAAGGCAACAAUCGAAUAACAACAAUGGGUAUUGGAGCCAUAAGAGUGACAAGAAAAUCAAACCUGCUUGAUCAACACCUGGCCAAUUUUCAGACAGAUAUCAGGUGAGGUCACCAACAAGUGGAUCUGUCUCCUGAUAUGCCCACCACAAAACUUCAGGUUCAGCUGGGCGGCAUUGCCACGGGGCCUAUCUGAAGGACUCAAAUCGGAAUCUUAAUCCUGCCCGUGUAUGUCCACCUGUGUGGCUACUGUGAACCUCAUCUUUUUGUCCUUCUUUUAUCUCUCCGCUUAUUCUCAUAUAAAGGGGCUGAAGGCAUUCUUAAUGUGUAUGGUACAUGGAGCACAUGAUAUGAAUAAUGUUAAAUAAAGGCUAAAGUUAAUGGCAAUCCCAAGGUUAUAGCUGGGCUAGAUGAUCCUAGCAUGACCUAAUAGUUAAUUCAGGUAUUAUAGGUUGAAAGUACCUUUAGGCCAGGAAAUAUUCUAUUCUUAUGUGCAUUUGAUGCACAUUAUAAAGAUUAUGCACAUUAUAUAUUUUUCCACAAGUGCCUAAACACUCCCUUGUGAAACCUACUAUUCAGCUGUAGGAAGACUUUCAAACUAAGGUGCCAUCUCUAGGCUGGAGUCACCGCAUUCAGUGCUGAUGGCUAAGGGAGAGAUCAGUGCAGUCUCUGAAGGUGAGGCCUCAUUUAGAAUCUAUCUCAGCAAUCUUCUCUCUGGUGGCAGGACUGUGCUGAAUCAGGAAUCACAUCCCAACCCUGGGUUAUAUAUUUUAUAUUCUGUGCAUUGGCAAUAUUGAGCCUGAUGACUGCAGGCUACAACAUUGCUGUUAUUUCUUUGACCUUUUUUGAAUCCUGAAGGACAACACUGACAUACAGGAAUAGAACUGCAAUCCAUGAUAAACAUUCAGUCUAUGCUGUUCAAAAGGUGCGUUCACCAACACUUUUUUUGAAUCUUCAGUCCCAUCAACCCUGGCAGCCUUCUUCUGUUGGUAAGUGCUAAAAUUGCACUUUAACAAUAAGUGAAGUGCUGCAAAUUAAACAACACUAAUGUGAUACCCCUGCCACCUUCUUGGCAUUUCUAUGUUUAACCUGUAACAGUCAAGUCCCUUCCCAGAGGCUAUUAUCCCACUGCUACUAUAGGCACCAUCUCUCCCUACUAUACC